UCACGUUCGCCAUGGCGAUGGAUUCAUGGAUGCGGUUUCAGUAGAAUCGAUCUUGUCGUGGAUGCCGCAUGCUUUUUUUUUUGUUACUCGUGUGUGCCGAAAACGCGGGCUUUGUGUUCUCUUUCGCCUCGAAAUAUAAUGAAUUUCCCCCAUUUUGGGCUAGAAAAUGAGCCUUAGACUCGAAUUGUGAAGUUAUAUUGUAGAAAAGGGCAGGAAUUAAGUGCGGUUUAUUCCGAAAAAAAAAUAGAAUGGCCUUUCAACUGAUUAAGUCCGCUUUGGAUAACCCGCCGCAGCAGCAACAAUUGCUUAGACGUCACAGCAAUUUGUGUUUACCCCAUCAACAUGCCGCAGGAGUUGUGCUACUAAAAUAUGAACACAAACUGAACUCCGGCUCAUGGGAGGACACCUUGGACGAGCCGCACCACCACCAAGCGCACCACUCGCACCACCAUCAGCACCUCCACCCGCACCAUCAGCAGCACCACUCGCACCUCAGUCAGCGGCUCCACCAGCAGCAGCAGCAGCAGACCUCGUUCAUUGGAUCUUCGCCGUCCAGUGCGAGCAUCACCACCGCCCAGCUGCAUAGUGCGUUUAGCCGGAGGAUCGCCGAGCAGCGGGAGCGGGAUCAGCGGGAUCAGAGGGAUCAGGUCACAAUUGCCGGCGGAAGCUUCAGCGCCAACGGUGGCCAGGCUGCCGUUGGUGUCGUUGGCGUUGGCAGCAGCUGCAGCGAGCGGGACACCAAAUCGCCCUGCCGCGACAGGGAUAGGAAUCUCCUCGAGGGGAUCUCUAAGGGCCAGGAGGAGCAGGAUCAGCAGGAUCAGCAGGAGCAGCAGGGAGUAGAAUCCCAGCAGCAGCAGCAGCAGCAGCAGGAGGAGGAGGUUCUUACCGAGGAGGAGCAGACCAGCAGCAGCGUGAGUUCGCUAAGUGCCGGCAAUCAACGCAAUUCGCAAUUGCGUUCAACCUUCAACAAGGCCAAGCAGCAUUUGUCGUUUGACAAAUGGCGCACGGCCGCCACCGGAAGCGCAACAGGUUCCGCAUCCGCAUCCGCAUCCCUAUCCACUGAGAAUAGCAACGCCGCCAGCAACAUGAUUAUGCGCAGAGCCAGUGCCUGCACAAUGCCAUCGACUGGUGGAGGAGGUGGAGGAGGAUCGGGAGGUGGUUCCUCCGCCCAAAGGGAGGAGGCCACCACGCCGGGCGAAUCCCCGGGAGGACGACUGUCCCGCUGGUUCUCGAUCAGGCGCGGCUCCUCGCACCAGUACGAUGUCGGAGGACGCGAUGGCCGCCACUCGACGGCCUCCAGCUUCGAUACCCCCGACUCGGGAUCGGGCAACUCGCCGGGACAGGGAAAGAAUAGCUCGGCCAUCGGUGGAGCCGGUGUAGCCGGUGGAUCCAGUGGAUCCAGUGGAUCCGGUGGAGUGGCCCAAGGAGCAGCGCUGGACGCCGCCUCGCCACAGAAAUUGGCCAAUUUGGGAGCCAGCAAAAUGAUGCCCGGAGUGCCAGAGUCGGAGGAUGACGAGGCGACCGCCAAUCGUUUCGACAUGGACCUAAUGAUGACGCCGGGCAGUCGGGCCAAUGGAACCGCUCGCACCGCCCAAAAUCGGCUAAUUGUGCCCAUGUUGCCCCCCGCCCCCGCCGGAUUGUCACAGCAGCAGCUAAAGAGGCGCCACAUUGUGGCGGCCAUCGUGCACAGUGAGAACUCGUAUGUGGCCACCCUGCAGCGACUAGUCAAUGAUUACAAGAAACCGCUGGAGGAGUGCAGUCCGCCGGUACUGAAUCCUGUGAAGAUAGCCACCCUGUUCCACUGCCUGCCGGACAUCCUGCACUCGCACAAGCUGUUCCGCAUCUCGUUGGCCGAGUGCGUCCGCAACUGGGAUCGCGACGAGAAGAUCGGCGACUGCUUCGUGAGCGCCUUCGGGAAGCCGCAGCUGCUGGAGAUCUACUCGGGCUUCAUCAACAACUUCUCGGCGGCCAUGGAGCUGGCCAAGAUGGAGGAGAAGCGCAAGUCGGCGCUGGCCGACUUCUUCAAGGUCAAGCAGAUCAGUGCCCACGAUCGGCUGUCGUUCUUCGGACUGAUGGUGAAGCCCGUGCAGCGCUUCCCCCAGUUCAUCCUGUUCCUGCAGGACCUGCUCAAGUACACGCCGCAGGGCCACCACGAUCGCAUGUCCCUGCAGUUGGCCCUGUCGCAGCUGGAGCUCCUGGCGGAGCUGCUCAACGAGAGCAAGCGGGAGGCGGAGCAGUACCAGGCCUUCAAGGAGAUGCUCGGCCACAUCUCGGGCACCUUCAAUGCCCGAUCCCUGAGCCUGAGCAGCAUGAGCGUGAGCGACUCCGCCGGCGGCCAUCGGCCGAGGUACUUGCUCCGCGAGGACAACGUCACCCACAUGGAGUUCAACCAGGCCGGCUUCAUUGUCAAGUGCAAGCAGCGCCGGCUGCUCCUGCUAAACGACAAGGUCAUCUGCGUGUCGGUGGCGCCCAAGCAGUCGCACGACUUCGGGGCCACCGAGAAGCUCACCUUCAAGUGGAUGUUCCCGGUCAACGAUGUGGAGAUCGUGGACAACAGCACAUCGGCCACGCUCUCGAGGAUUCUCACGGCGGGUCUCAAUCGCGGCGGCAGCUUGAAGUCCAACGGCAGCAGCGGAGCCAACGGCAGUCCCUAUGCCAACAGCACUCUGCCGGGACACGGAGGAGCCGGCGGUGGCUUCUCUGGCUUCGGGGAUCCGCACAGCUCGCCGGCCGCCCAGCUGACCAACGGGGCCGACAACCUCUGCAGCGAGAUGAGCACUCUGAUGUACGACUACGAGGUCAUCUCCCGCAUCCAGGAUCUGGUCUGCAGCCUGAAGGGCAGCUACAAGGAGCUGAACGCCAAUACCACGCGCAACGUGCUCAAUCUCAUCCAGGGCUCCAUCCAGCGCAAGGACGAGGAGAUGGCCUGGGUGGACUCCUGCUGCCUGCAGCUCACCGGCCGCCACAAGUCCGGCAAGGAGGAGACCUUCACAUUCCAGACGCAGACGCCGGCGGUGAAGAAGGAGUGGAUCACGGAGCUGCGUCUGGCCCAGCUGGCCCUCGAUCCGAACAACUCGCCCGCCUGGGAGCGGGGCGGCAGCCAUCCGCAGCCGGGCCACCACCAUCAUCAUCAUCACCAUCAUCCGUCGCAGCAUCCGCAUCCACAUGCGGGCGCAGGAGCGGGAGCGAGUGAUCCCCGCCAGACGCAGGAGCAGCUGCAGCUGCAGGAGGCCGUCCAGCAGAAGCAGUCGCGCAAAAUGCCGCUCUUUGUCAAGGCAAUGCCUGUCUACAAGUCACAGCAUCAAACCGAGGUGCGCUGUGGAUGUUACUACAGCAUCGCCAAUGACACCAAGCAGAGCGGAAAUGCGCGACGGCGGCACAAGCAGCUGAACUACCUGUGGAUGUGCAGCAGCGACGGCACCUCCUCGCACAUCACCGUCCUGGCGCAGCAUCCCCAGCAGGCGGGCAAUCUGCGCGAGGCGGGUGCCUUCGAUCUCUUCGAGGCGCAAGUUUCGGCGAUGGAGUUUGUAAAGGGACUGGAUCAGCUGAGGACGCGCGACGAGCCGGCCAGUCUGCUGGGCGAUCUCGUUUGGCUGGGCACCGAUAGCCGCAAGAUCCUUGUCUAUUCGGCCAGGAAUCCAGAGCAGGAGGAGCAGCUGGGCAGCUAUGCGGUGCCGGGUGCAGUGCAGCGUAUACUCUAUCACUUUGAUGCCGUCUAUGUGGCUUUGUCGGGAGCCACGGUGCUGAUCUUCCGGCGCGGCAACGACGGCCUGUGGCAGCUGCGCGAUCCGCAGAUUAUACGGCUGGGCGACUCGGAUCUGGUGGUGCCCAGCCUGCUGCCCAUCAACAUGUGCAUCUAUGCGUCGUGCGCGAAUCGAGUGUAUGUGCUGAACGCCCUGAACGGCGAGAUCCAGCGGAGCUUCGAGGUGCAGCACGGUGCCAGUCAGCAGGUCAAUCUGAUGGCCCACUCGGGCAUUGGUUUGUGGAUAUCGCUGAAGAACUCCACGAUGCUGUGUCUCUACCACACGGAGACGUUCAAGCAUCUGCAGGACAUCAACAUUGCCUCGAGCGUCCUGCGGCACGACGGCAAGAAGGAGCAGCCGCUGAACAAUAGCUCGGUGUAUGUGACCGCCUUGAUGGCCUGCAAGGGACUCCUCUGGGUGGGCACCAAUGUGGGCAUUGCGGUUACGAUUCCGCUGCCCCGUUUGGAGGGAGUGCCCAUCAUUAGCGGAGGGAUUAACAUGUCGUGUCAUGCGCACUUUGGACCCAUUACCUUUUUGCUGCCGCUGAUUCCGAAGGUUUAUCCGGCUUACAAGCCACCAGGAACUGGAGGAAGUGGAGCUGCUCCACUGGUGCCCAGCAUGGGCGAUGACCUGCAGCUGCCUGCCAUCGAUGCGGAUCCGAAAAGCGUCCAAGAGCUGGACGACGGGGCUGUGGUGCUGCGCAGGGAUCUGGUUAAGCCGGAGGAGGUGGCGCAAGUGCCUUUGCCCACCAGUAAUCCCUCCUCGCCGCGCAGCUCCAAGCUGGACAAGCAGAACUCGCUGGACCAGAGCUUCACGGCCAAGAUACGCGCCUCGCUGGCCAAUUCGCCGGCCUUCCAUCGCAAGCGUUUCCGCGAUGAUCCGAAUAGGAUGUCCAAGACUUUGCCACGCGGUUUGGGAGCAACUGCAGCAACAGCAGCGGGAGGAUCAGCAUCAGGAGGAUCAGCAAGUGGAUCAGGAACCCAAACCAACAGCGAGCAUGGCAUCUGCGAUGUGUACGGCCUGUACGGCAAGCUGAUAUUCGUGAAGGAGGACUACGAUGCGGAGGAGGGCAACCAGGGCAACCUGAUGGACAUGAUGUACGAGGGGAUGCGUCGCUCGGACCCCGAACUGGCGGCCAUACCGGGCAAGGUGUGCACCCUGGACAGGCGGCUGCGGAUGAAGGCCUCGCGACCGCGUUCGCUGGAUCUGUCCAACUGGUCGGUGGACUCCAAGUCCUCCAGCCUGUACACGUCGUCGGGCAGCGAGGAGAGCAUGGGCAUCCGUCACUUUGGCGGGCGAUCCGUGUCGCGGAAUAGCAGCAGUGCCAGCCACAAGACCUCCGGCACGGGCAGCGAUCUGGGGAAUAUAUCCGAGAAUGGGCUGAUGACCACGGCGGACAUUCAUCACCAUCAGUUGCAGCAGCAGCAGCAGCAGCAGAUGCAGCAGCAGAAGCCGGAGGAGAUGAGCCGACUGGGGGCCGGAUCGCAACCAGCUGCCGCUGCGGUGGCCACCUUGAAGCGCAAGCAGAAGCAGAACUCCAAGCAGCAGCAGCAGCAGAGCGCCGACGGGCCGAGGACAGUGAUCACCCUGAUGGGCGGACGCGGCUAUUGGCGGCAGAUGUGGUACAACGGAGCGGGCGGCUCGCCCAGUCAUAAGAAUAGCAGUGGAUCUGGCGGAGGAGGAGGUGGAUCCUCCGGAGGAGGAGCAUUCAGUAACCAGACAGUCAACCCGAGCUGCUCGCCACUGACCGCCAACUCCAAUGACGCACACAUUGUGGUGUGGGAGAAGAAGUUAUAAUCGCAGGAGCUGGUGUGCUGCUGCACCCUUCAGCAGCAUCCCCACCAGCACCAUCCGCCGCUCACCGAGCUCUGGCGCCGCGUGGGCGAGCAGCAGCAGUUGCAGUUGCAGCAGCAGCAGUUGCAGUUGCAGCGCCGUGGACGAGGAAGAGUCCGCUUCCGGGGAUCCUUUAUCCAACGAGAUCGCAGUGCAGGCAACGAGGGAGGAGGAGGAGCAGCUGGAGGAGCAGCGGGGA